GUGCGUCAUUUCCGUUGUCAGGUGGUGCUGUUAUGGAAAGAUGUGAUCAGCAGUCCCAAGAAGGCUUUUCCUGAUUACCAGUUUCGGUAAUGCUGUGAAGAAAGAAAAAAAAAACGUGCAUUUUGAAAGACAGACUUUUUGUGGUGUGGAGGAACUGUCAGUGCAGCGCUCCUCGGAAAAGAUUUGGAUAAAGAUGUCGGCGUUUGUGUAGACAACACAGGAUAUCCCCCGGUUUUAGCUAGAGAUCAGCAGAAUGUCUAGACGCCGUGUUGCAGAGAGAGGAGCAGGGGAGUCCUCUGGCAGGGCAAGCAAGCUUCUUUGUCCUGGGAUAUCUGGCAACAAUGCUAAGAGAGCCGGACCCUUUGUCUUGGGGCCUCGGCUGGGAAACUCUCCUGUGCAGAGCAUCGUGCAGUGUCUGGCCAGGAAAGACGGAACAGAUGAUUUCUACCAGCUAAAAAUUUUGACCCUGGAGGAGCGUGUAGACUCGUCUGGAGAGACGCAGGAGGAAAGGCAAGGCAAGAUGCUGCUGCACACAGAAUACUCGCUGCUGUCUCUCCUGCACAAUCAGGAUGGAGUGGUGCAUCACCAUGGCCUUUUUCAGGAUCGCUCCUGUGAGGUUGUGGAGGAUAUGGAGGCCAGUAGAACACGCAGGAUGAAGAAGCGGAUCUGUCUAGUGCUGGACUGCCUGUGUGCUCACGACUUCAGUGACAAAACAGUGGACCUCAUCAACCUGCAACACUACGUCAUCAAGGAGAAGAGACUCAGUGAGCGUGAGGCCAUCGUCAUCUUCUGUGAUGUAGUUCGAGUGGUUGAGGCUCUGCACAAGAAGAACAUUGUGCACCGAGACUUGAAGCUUGGAAACAUGGUGCUUAACAAAAGGACUCACCGGAUCACAAUCACCAACUUCUGCCUGGGCAAGCAUUUAGUGAGUGAAGAGGAUCUACUGAAGGACCAGAGAGGCAGCCCGGCCUACAUUAGCCCAGACGUCCUAAGUGGUCGGCCAUACCGUGGGAAGCCUAGUGACAUGUGGGCUCUCGGUGUAGUGCUGUUCACCAUGCUGUAUGGCCAGUUCCCCUUUUACGACAGCAUACCUCAAGAGCUCUUUCGCAAGAUCAAGGCUGCUGAGUACUCCAUCCCAGAGGAUGGCCGUGUGUCAGAAAGCACAGUGUGUUUGAUUCGUAAGCUGUUGGUGCUAGAUCCCCAACAGAGGCUGACUGCGUCAGAGGUGCUCGAGUCUCUCAGUGGCAUUAUUGCCUCCUGGCAUUCUGUAUCAUCUAUGAGCGGCCCGCUGCAGGUAGUACCGGACAUCGAUGACCAGCUGAACCAACCCGAGCAUCUGCAGGAGGUGAAGGUAACGGAAGAGUCGUCUCAGUACGAGUUUGAGAACUACAUGCGCCAGCAGCUGCUGCUAGCUGAGGAGAAGAACACUAUCCAUGAGGCCAAGAGCUUCCUGACCAAGAGGCAGUUUGGCAGUGUGCCACCAGUGAGGCGCUUGGGUCACGAUGCUCAGCCUGUCAGCCCUCUGGACGCAGCCUUACUGGCCCAGCGCUAUCUCAGAAAGUAGAGGAUCACGGUGCACAAGCUGUGCCAUGCAGCCGGUUGCACGUGUUCGUGUGGUUGCUUUUUGAAGAGCAUUUGGGUGAGGAGAUGCAGCAUGUUGGACAGUUAUAUCUCAUCUGCCUCUCUCGCUGGUUAAAGAAGGUGACUCUGGUUUGAGCAACGCACAAGACGAACAGGUUCUGAGCCCCUACCGUAACCCCCUCCCUCUCACUCUGCCAUACAGACAUUAGCAGCAAUACCAGAACUGAAUCAUGUAGCAAAUGGGUGCGUACACGUGCACACAUUACACACACCUCUCAUUCUCCUUUUCUACUCUCAGCACUUUCCAAGUGGAACAGUUCAGAUCACCUGACCCCAGUUGUCGUCCCUUCAUGUGUUCCUCUGUCCUUCAGUCAACAACACCCAUCCAUACUGGGCUUCAUCUGCAUCCACAAUUGCUAAUCUACCUCUUAACAUCUCUGUUUCUGUCUCUCAGUCCGUUUAGAACUGUGCUCUAAAAGGUUUUGAAAAACAGGUAUCCAAAUGUGGGGAUAUGACCACAAGCACAGGUGAAGAGCAUUAUUAUUAUUAUUAUUAUUAUUAUUAUUAUUAUUAUUUCAGCAUUCUGCCAUGUCAAAACCAGCGAUACAUUUAUCUCCAUAAUCUGAAUAAGCUUGGCUCUCCUCUCCUGUUAGAAAGGUAGCAUUUUAAGAACCCAACCUUAUUUUUGUUUGUCUCAGUACUUCUUAAAUUAUUCUGUAACACACAAGGACUCUGUAGGCCUUCCCUGCUUGAUGAAGCAUUCCCAAGCAGCUAGCCAUGUGCAGCUCUUAUUCUAGAUGCCAAGAAUAGUCCCCAGAGCUGCUUUGCAACUUGCUGCCUUGUGAGGUACGAUAUUCUUCCCUUAUCAGCUAAAGGUGCAGUCUGCAGUGGUCCCAAAGCUUUUUCUUUUCGUCUUUUCAUUGUGUUUGUUUUUUUUAAAUAAAUAAACACAACUCUGUCCAAAUACAAAGUUGUCAUAAACAGGGAUUCCUGAAAUUUAAAUCACAUGCCUGCUAAGUUUUAUUCUAAUGGUUGCUUAUCAUUACCUGAGAUCGUAGAGCAACCAGAGAUGUUAUAAAGCUGUCAGAAGAAGGAUGGCUGAGGCUGCAAUCAUGCGGAAGUUUAAGCCCCAUUAAGCUCCAAAAGGGUAGGCUUUAAUCUCUUCCCCACCCCUGUGGUGACCAACAGCCAACAUCUUGAGCUGCCCCUUUGAAAGCAAGCCAGCACUCCUUUUCUGCCACACCAUAUUAAGCCAAAACCUUGGCUGCCCUUCUGGUCAUUGUAUUGGGAACUGGCCAUUAAAACCUAGGCAUGUAACGUACCCUAAUACCCAUCAUUCACUUUUAGUGCCAUUGUCUUCAUUCAUCAUGUAUAUAAAGAUUGAGUGCAGUUCUCCUGAUACAUUGAUCAUAUUUUUGUUUUCAUAAUCACCUUUGAGAAAGUCAUAGGAUAUAAAUAUUUACAAUCUUGACUGUUCACCAACCCAAUCUAAGCUACUUGUAUAAAUCAUUGCCACAGAAUAUCUUGCCUUAGAUUCAGACUUCAUCGGUGAGUGGUGAUUUUGUACCUUUUGGUGGUCUUGUUUAUUUUAUUAAACAGGUGUUUGUCUUUGCAUCAUCCUCUCUACCCAUGACUUGUGAAGGCCUUUCUGGUUCGCUCAUGUUAGGGGGAAAAUAUAAUCCAGCCUUGUAGGCCUCUGAGCUUCUCAAAGGCAGGUUGUUUUGCUUUUUGUUUGUAUUCUCUGUCUUUUAAAGAGCAAAAUAAUUCGACAGAAUGCAUGAGUGAAACUGUUUAACUUUGCUUGGGUUUCUUUUUUUUUUUUUUUGGAGUGUUCAAUUUUAUUUAUUCACUGUGUACAAAUAGUCUUGCCUUCCAUUUAUUAUUUUGAACACUGCCCCUAUCCUUGUAAGGUGUGAAGUAUCAUGAGAUCAUCACAUAAUCCAGUUCUAAAGUAGUGCUGUGAUCUUUUAUUUGCCCAAUAAUCCCCAGUUACAGCUUCUUCCCUUGUUUUGUUUUAAAUAACCCUUUCUUUUGUCUGUUGAGUAAAUGUUGCCACAAUCCUGAUGGUUUAUUAAGCUACAUUAAUAACAAGACUGAUUUUGCAUAGCUCUAUUUUUUAGAUAAAUGAAAUUAAAGCACAUUAUGACAAUAAGGAAUUAUCUAGAGUUUAUCCUGCAAGUUUAAUACAACACGCUCAAGCGGCCAGUGUGCAAACAUUAUCCUGAUGUAGCUAUGUGAGUGUAGAGUUACACCAAGGCAUUGACAUGAGGAGUAUUUAACAGAGUAAUGUUGCCUGCCACUAUUGAAAGCAUUAGUGUGCUCCCACUUCAAUGUGAAUAUUUUUUUAAUAUAUUGCAGUAUUGUAGAUGGCUUCUCUGGGUGAGAGUUCUGUGGGUGGCAGUUAAAGGGCAUGUUUAAGCCCCUACUAAAACUAAAUUGUCAAUGCAUCUUUAAUUCCUUGAAGAAAAGCAGUUUAGUGACCCCCAGCUCCAUCAACGUACCACAGAUCUGUGGGUUUAAAAUGUGACUUGCUGGAGUGGUUCUGUAGUCGGUACCUUAACUUGGACCAUAACUGUUGGUGAAUGCCCCAUGUACGUGACUUAACAGAACCCGCUCCCUGCAUUUUGGGCCCCCCCUGUUUCUUUUUUCUUCUUGUAGCCCCCUUGGCAUCACAAGGCCAAGGUGUGUAUUUGCAGCAUGACACAUUUAUGUUGUUCAGCUAUAUUGCUUUAUAUUUUAAGUAAUGCAUGACUUGGACUUGCAGGAUGUGCCACAUGAUCUCUACAUUUAGGUUGCCAGAAUAUUUGGGUGUGGCUCUAGGUGUUUUAAAAAAUAAAUUGCAUUUGUAAUCCAGUUAAAAAUACACUAAAAAAAACCACAGAAGAUUCAUCUCUGCAGCGCUAAAUUAGGAGGAUUUAUUUUAAAUAUUUUU